GUCAGAGCUUCUGUCUCUGCCUGCACCCCAUGUUUGCUGUCCACUCCUCAGAUGUCCAAAGCAGCUCCUGCCAAAAAACCGACAGCCCCACCUCCAGGAUGUACUCUGGAUAUCAACGACCCCCAGGUUCAGAGCAAAGCCAAAAUCCUGGCCUCCUACCUGGGCCACAGGUCCCUGAAGGAGCCGUGCGAGAAGGGGCCGCCGCGGGUGCUGGAGCCGCUGAAUGACGUGGUGCUGAGAGGUAGCGCGACCAAGCUCACUGGCCGCAUUUCGGCUUUCCCGGUGUUCAUCCGCUGGAGCAAGAAUGGCAAAGAGAGGAGCUGCGGGACGUAUUGCUACAUUUCUGAGGACCCUGACGCAGUGUCGCUGGUGGUGCGCGACGGCGAGAUGGCAGACCUAGGCCAGUACAGUACCACUGUAACCAACUCCUUGGGCCCGUGCUCCGACUCCACGCCCAUCCCGGUAGAUGUCCCGGCUGAGAUUCAAAAAGGACCAGACAAUACGAAGGCGCUCAAAGGCACUACUGUAAGGCUGACUGCGCAGAUCUUGGGAGAGCCUAUGCCCGACGUGGGCUAGACGAAGGACGGCGGGGGGGUCAUCGAGGAAGACGACAGGGUGUUCUUCGAGAUCGGCGCCGCCACCACCACGACGCUGACCAUUCGCCAGGCCACAUCGGGGGCCAUGUCCGAGGCCAGCGGCAAGUACGGUGUAGUGAAGAGGCUGGGGAUGGACCAGAACUUCACGCGCGUGGACGCGGCCUGAAGAAACCCUCAGACCUCUCGUCCUGACCUCAAGGCCAGGGGUGGGUCUCUCCCGGGUCUUGUUUAAUAAAGCUGCUCUCUCCGACCCUCCUCCUCUGUCCUUGCUCCAGCGUAGCAUUCUCUCUCCCGGCCGCCA